AUGUCUAGCUUCGUUCCUGCUGGACGUAUUGACGCUUUGUCGCUUGCGAACAACGUUAAGAAGCUUAAGACCGAAGCUGAUUGGCGCAAAUGGAAGGAAGAUUUUGAGAUUUUAUUGGGAACUUACGACCUGAAGUGCUGGCGGAUCUUCAAAGGUCUUAUGAAAAAGCCAGAUGGACCCAGUAGGGAGCGAAUCUACAACAUUCCCGUCAUGAAUGCGUUUCUUGUUUCGUUCUACAAUAAUAAUGUGACGGACGUUCCUGAUGACGCCCUUGGCAAAUUACAGAAGUGCCUAUCUGAAUGGUACCAGAUCAAUCUCACGGGAUGCAUGCUUCUUAAUGCGACAAUCUCGCCUGAGGCUGCCACCAUGAUCUCAAACGUUCAUGACCUCCGUGAGGCGUACCUCAUCCUUGAGAAGGCUUAUUAUCACACGUCCUAUCCAAGUACAGUGCUUAUAUGGGAAAAGGCCGUCCAUCUUCGCUACAAGAAGAAAGACACGGCACAGGGUCAUUUACAACGAUUCCAGACUGCGAUACAGGAUCUACUUGCUGUUUACCCCAACAUUGUUAACAACAUUACUGUGUUCCAUAUGUUCAUCUCGAGCAUACGGUUGCAUCCUGGUAUGGAGCGGUUUACCGCAAACCUCACUGUUGACACAAAGAACAUCACAGACGCCGUACUCGCCGACGUCUACUCACGUUUCCUGUUGAAUGAUAAGAUGUUAUCACCAGGUUAA